CUGGAUAGUAAAUGACAGGAGAAAAAGCACUAAAUCAUAUAAAUCAUCUUCAUAAAGAGCAAGUUCGGCUGGACCUGAUGAAGAAAGAGAUUGGUGAGCACCAACAGGUGUCCACGCCGCAGGCCUCCCAGUACAAACACAUUCCACCCUUUCGUGACUCCCAGCAUGGGGCGCCCAAUCAGGCCGUGGUUUGACCAGUGGAGCCACAAAGAUCCAAAGGGGCGGGAGAGACGCACGCUGGAUGGACAGAGUGUCCCGCUGGACGUCUGGAUUCAGGGGGUCGGAACCCAGGAGUCCAAACGACUGCAGCCUUCAACAAGGAUGUGAUGGUGGCCAUCAUGGCUUGGAUGAGGUUGGAUUUCAACAUGGACUCAUUUCUCAUAAUUUGCUGCAUUCUUUGUUUCACCUGCACAGGCGCCUCGGAGACGGAGCGGAGACUCCACGAGAAGCUGUUCCAGGACUACAACGUGAAGGUCAGGCCGGCUCGCCACUGGAAGGAGAGGGUGACGGUGCGCGUGGGGAUGACGCUGUCCCAGCUCAUCGGCUUGAAUGAAAAGACCGGUGAGAUGACAACAAACGUGUUCAUGAAUCUGAACUGGACAGACUACAGGUUAUCAUGGAAACCGGAGGAAUACGACAACAUCGCCGUCGUGAGGAUUCCUCCCAACAAGGUGUGGCGUCCUGACAUCUACCUCAUAAACAAUCACGAUGGGCAGUUCGACGUGGCUCUGUACGUCAACGUCUUGGUUUACAGUAAUGGUAUGGUCUCUUGGUUGCCACCUGCCAUCUACCGUAGCUCCUGCUCCAUUGAGGUGGCAUAUUUCCCAUUUGAUUGGCAAAACUGCAGCAUGGUUUUCCGCUCGUACACCUACGACGCCUCAGAGGUCGACCUGCAGGUCUACCUUGAUGAGAACGGGACAGAAAUCCAUGAGAUCGUAAUUGAUAAAAAUGCUUUCACAGAGAAUGGAGAAUGGGCCAUACGUCACAAACCAAGCAGGAAGAACGUUGGAGAUGAUCUGUACGAGGACAUCACCUUUUACCUCAUCAUAGAGAGGAAGCCUCUCUUCUACAUCAUCAACAUCAUCGUUCCCUGCAUCCUCACCAGUGUACUGGCUAUAUUCGUCUUCUACCUGCCUCCCGGAGCAGGAGAGAAGAUGACCCUCUCCAUUUCCGUCCUGAUCACUCUCACCGUCUUCAUGUUGCUGCUGGCCGACAAAGUCCCUGAAACUUCACUCGGCAUCCCAAUUAUCGUCAACUAUGUCAUGUUCACCAUGAUCCUGGUCACCUUCUCUGUCAUCCUGAGUGUCGUUGUACUCAACCUGCACCACCGAACGCCCAGCACCCACAUCAUGCCGAACUGGGUUAGAAAGGUGUUCAUUCACAUCCUGCCCAGAUACAUUGGCAUGAUGAGACCAAACCCAGAAGAACCUUUACUGGAGAAGGACUCUGAGAAGGACGACACAUGGUUCCGUGGUUUCAGUGGACGCCAACCUGGAGGAGAGUACUUUGUUCGCAAGAUCAACCCUGAUCUUGUCUUACCAUGGAGAGGGAGGUGUGACAGCACACCUGAAGUACAGCUCCAGCGGCUCCCGGACUCGGACCGGUUCUGCCUCAUCCUUCCUCCCAACCUAAAGUCGGCCAUCGAUGCCGUGACCUACAUCGCCAAGCAGCUGAAGAAGCAGGACACGGACGAUUCGAUGACGGGAGACUGGCAGUUCAUCGCCCUGGUGGUGGACCGCCUCUUCCUCUGGCUGUUUGUCAUCAUCACCACCCUGGGAACCCUGGCCGUGUUCCUGGAUGCUAGUUUUAAUUACACACCGGACGACCCGUUCCCAUGAAGGACAGCAUCGCUGAUAUGCACUAAAGACGCUCCCCAAGUCGGACUUUCCUGGACCAAACUGUUCUGUUUGGUUCUGGUCAGCUUGUUUGGGACGUUGCCUUUCUCUGAAAAGUAAACAGAUGCAAAAUGUCGAAUCAAUUGUGUUAUUUUUCUAUAAUUUAUGUAUUCAGUCCAGUUUUAUGGCGCCAAAAACUUGAAUUUUGUGCAUUUUACACUUAAAACUCACUGGUGUAGUUUAUAUUUGUAUCCAAUAGAGGGCAGUGUAUAUAUUUGAAUCAAGGCUGCAGCAGCCCAGGGAACCUCUGUAGUGCUUUCAUGUUUUAUUGCUGCACUUCUGUUGUUUAACAAAGCCACAUUCUGAAGCAGGGAUUUUACUAUAAUAAUAGUAAUAGUGCUUUAGUGUUUUUAUUGGAUUUUGAGUCAGAUCCAACUGAAAACUGCAGUUUUAUUUGAUAAAGUUCUUGAAGGGAGUUACUUUCCUGUUCCUUUGGUUUUGUUUAAGAUGCCAGAUUACAGUCUGGAAGAAACUCUGAAGAAGUUAAAAUCUCAAACAUGAGAACAUUUCUUAUUACUGGCUCUCAAACAUGUUUUAAAAUAGAAACCAUUUUACUGUUAGUACAAAACAUCCACUGACAUUCACAGAUCAUGUUAAAUCAGCCCGAUGUUGCUACAAUAAUUAGCUUUAGUUGCUGCUUUUUCUUCCUCUGUGUCUGAGCAAAAGGAAAGUGACAGGGUUCGGCAGGAUCUGCAGCAUAAUCCGAAUUUUAACUUCCCUUCCCUCCACAGCAUGUGUAGCAUUAGCUUAAAGUAGCUUUUUAGGACAAAUUUAUGCAGCUUUAUUAAUGAAAAGGACAAAAUAACAUUGUGACAACUACAUUGUUACAGGGUAAACAUGCAUUUGAACAAACCUGAGCACAUCAGAGUAACAAUGCUGGUCAGAAGGGGAGCAUAAAUAUAUCCGUUUGGUCAAAAAGCCUCUAGUUUUUUUGUCAUAUGUGGUGUUUUCCUUCUAUCUUAAAUUACAGACACAUCGGUUAAACUGCUAACUAAUUCUUUCAGUCAGUAUUCUUCCUCUUCCUCGUUGGAUAAAUCUGCAUUUAAAUUUUUACGAUAUUAACUGAAAGUGGAUUAUUAAGGUUAUUAGUGGCACAUCAAAGUUUGGUCGUGUA